AUGUUAAACCCAAUGUUUCAGUCGAGACCUCCAGUUCGGUGCCAGCAGCACCAACUUCAUCCAAAUUCAUCGGAUCACCACUUCUGUUUAGCUAAAGGAGUUGGCACUGGAGAUGUUGGAGGAAUGUCGUCAGCCUCCUCAUGCAUACAACGCCACUCGGUUCCGUGCUUCGCCAAUGGACUGCCGACGAACUCUCACUUAGCGGCCUCUCUCAACGACAACUCUUCCUCAUCGUCAACAUCUCUCUCGUUUUUCAAAAACGGCAAUGUGGCUAGUAAUAAGAACAGCAAUAAUAAUUUCAAUAACAAUAAUAGUACUAGUAAUGUGAGUGACGUAUUUCGGUAUCCACAUCUUCCCAGCCGUCCUCAUCCAUACACCGAUAACUCGGCCAACACUUCUGGGACAAUUACACCUAUGAAUGAUAAUUCUGAGAAGUUAAAGUUAAGAAGAGUGGAAGAGCAGCUGGCCUGUCUGGCUGCGUUCGUCCAAACAAUCACCAACAAUCAAAUGUUGACCAGUUUUCCUCAACUGAAUUCUUCCGUUUCGCUUUGCAACAACAUCAACAACGACAACAACUGUAAUGGUUCGACCGACAGGCCACCGGUCACAUCCAUCGCGACGACACCUACCACCACCAACAACAUCAUAUCAAUAAGAACUACCUCAUCGAGCUCACUGAGAACCAUCAACCCCUCCAAGAUAUCUUGCCUAAGUAGGCGUGUCAGAGAGCUGAGGAAGGAUUUGAACCAGCUUCGGGAGCUACAGACCUCCUUCAUGAAGAACAUCAAAUAUUCCCUACAGCAGGUCAUCAAUAGAUGCAGGAGCUCUUCAACCGGGUGCUUCAUAUUGACCAACAACAACAGUAGCAGCAAAUGUCUAGAUUACUCAAGUGUUGGUUUGUGGCUGCAGAAGGACUUGGACUGCCUUGUAGGGGAGAUUCGACUCGACGUUGUCAGUCGGCGAUGCCGUGUUAACGUCAGCGAAGUUGAAGAGCUGGCCAUCUGGCUGAGCCAGCUGAGCAGAUCACUCGCCAAAUUGAAAAAUGAACUGCCCGUCUUAGCAGAAGAAUCGAAGAGAUUGGCAUCUAUCCAAGACAAAAGACGUCCACUCUCUCCGAAGACCUUCACCUUCUCAUCGUCACAUCAACUACCAUCGUCAUCAUCACCGACGUCGUCAUUAUCGUCGUCAUCGUCUCCAUUGGAUGGUAAACUACUGCAACUGCAGACGAUUAAACAGUCCGUGUUAACAGCCAUCAGGUCCUUACAGCCAGAUCACGAAUACAGAGCUGUGAAAGUUGAGGAAUCGACGAGAGCGAGAGAGCGAAGGAAGCGAAUGACGGGCAGACUGGAGAAGUUAAAAUUCGAAAAGUCCCUCCAGAUUACCAAACAACUGUUGCACGUUACUGACAACGAGAAGAUCAACACGGCUCGUGCCAGAAAUUUGUUGGUCCUCAUGUUUCAGCAACAGCAACAACAACAGCUGCAACAACAACAAGAUCAACAGCUGCAGCAGCACCAACAACAACAACAGAACAAGCUUCAACAAGAAUUUUGUGAUACAACAACCUCCUAUCCAGAUCAACUGUUUCAACAACAACCACAAUCAGAUCAACAACUCCAACAACACCACCUCCAACAACAACAACGAGUAACAUCUGAGAACAGUAAUAAUAAUGAAAGCAUAAUGAGCCGACCUGUUCAGCAAAAUCAACAAUUCCAACAACCACCACAAUUAUUACCGCAACUACCGCCACAGCUACCGCUACCAUCACAACUACCUCCGCCCCCAUCACAACUACAGCUGCAGCAACUUCAACGACAACAUCGACAAAAACCACAACGACAGCAGCAACAACAACCACAACAAAAACAACAACAUAUGAUAUCCAAAUCCAAUUGCAAUAGUAACAUUAAUAAUAAUAUCAAUACUGAAAACAUAAUAAGCAGACCUGUUCAUCAACAACAACCGCAACAACCACAAAGACAGUUACUGCAGCGACCACUUCAGCAACAGCCGUCAACGUCUAACUGCAAUAACAUUAACAGCGAGAGUAUAUUGAGCCGACCUGUUCAACAAGUAAAAAGUGCCCCAAGGGUAAAGAAUCAUGUCAAGUUCAAACUCGAUGGCAACAAAUGUGAGGAAACUGAAAUUAACUGA